UCCAAAUAUUUGUGCUUUUAUUCUUCUUCCACACACACACAGAAAAGCUAGCCAGACACCUCUCAUUCUCUAUACUUUCUCUCUCUAGAUAAAAAAAAAAAGCACAAGAUUCAGAUUGGUGCUGAAGAAUGUCGGGCGGGGGGUUGCGUAAAGCUCUCGGAGCGAUUAAGGAUAGCACGACUGUCAAUAUAGCGAAAGUUAGCAGUGACUAUAAGGAAUUGGAUAUAAAUAUUGUCAAGGCUACAAACCAUGUUGAGCGUCCGGCAAAAGAAAAGCAUAUACGUGCUAUAUUUGCAGCUAUCUCGGCUACAAGACCUCGAGCUGAUGUCGCAUAUUGCAUACAUGCUCUUGCAAGAAGAUUGUCCAAGACACAUAAUUGGGCAGUUGCUUUAAAAACUUUAAUUGUUAUUCAUCGUGCCUUGAGGGAGGUGGAUCCCACAUUUCAAGAGGAACUUGUUAACUAUGGACGGAGUAGAAACCAUGUGCUCAACUUGUCUUACUUUAAAGAUGAUUCUAGUCCAAAUGCAUGGGAUUAUUCUGGAUGGGUUAGGACCUAUGCACUGUAUUUGGAAGAAAGGCUGGAGUGCUUUCGAGUCUUGAAAUAUGAUGUUGAAUCAGACAGAUCAAGAACAAAAGAUCUCGACACUUCUGAACUGCUUGUACAACUACCAGCUUUGCAGCAACUUCUGUUUCGUGUUUUAGGUUGUCAGCCACAAGGAGCAUCAGUUCAUAACUUUGUGAUUCAGCUGGCACUUUCUAUGGUUGCAUCUGAAAGUAUGAAAAUAUACACUGCAAUUAGUGAUGGAUCAGUGAAUUUGGUGGAUAGGUUCUUUGAGAUGCAACGACAUGAUGCUCUUAAGGCCCUGGAUAUAUAUAGGAGGGCUGGGCAACAGGCUGAGAGAUUGUCCGAAUUUUAUGAAGUAUGUAAAAAUAUUGACAUUGGACGUGGGGAGAGGUUCAUUAAGAUUGAGCAGCCCCCAUCUUCAUUUCUACAAGCCAUGGAAGAAUAUGUGAAAGAAGCUCCCCGUGCUUCAACUGUUCGUAAGGAUCUGGCAGUUGAUGGAACACCAAAAGCAAUUUUGGCCAUAGAAUACAAAAAAGAUGCUGAGGUUCCAGAGAAGCCCACGGAAUCUCCAACUCCUCCACCUCCUGCUGAGCCUGUGGCUGAACCAGUUCAAGUGGAGGCACCCGUUUCCAAACCACCUCCAGAUUUACUUGGUUUGGAUGAUCCUGUUACAGACGCCUCUGAAUUUGAUCAGAAGAAUUCUAUGGCGUUAGCAAUUGUGCCUGUUGUUGACCAACCAUCUUCAACUGCCACAACUUCAGUUAAUGGAACCUCAGGAUGGGAGUUGGCCCUUGUAACUGCCCCAAGGUCUGAUGCGAGUACCACAUCUGCAAGCAAACUGGGUGGAGGUCUGGAUAAACUUACACUUGAUAGCCUAUAUGAUGAUGCAAUUCGAAGAACUAACCAGAAUGUUAGUUACAACCCGUGGGAGCAUGGCCCGAUGGCUGGUGCUAUGAUGCCAUAUCAGACUGGACCAGACCCAUUUUAUGCUUCCAACGGCAUGGCCGCACCACACAACAUCCAAAUGGCAGCCAUGGCUCAGCAGCAGCAGGCUUUCAUGUUCCAGCAGCAGCAACAGCAAAUGAUGAUGAUGCCCCAACCAUUGCCACAACAAAGUGCAAACCCAUUUGCGAUCCCAUAUGGGGCUACCUCCCACCCAUAUGGGUCAGGUGUGCCAGUUCAGGCGUAUAAUCCCUAUUCUGGUCUCAUAUAAAUCUCCCAUUUCUUCCAAGGUGAAAACUUGUACAACAUAAUUAGGAGUAGGGUCAGUAUUAUUCAUUAUUUUCAAUUGAGGUAUGAAAUAAUGUUUUGGGAUCACAUUCAAAUUCUUUUGGUCUACUUGAUAUCAUCUGCAAAGUUUAGUUUUCUUUUUAAUGGUUUUGUUUUCUUAUCUUCUUGAUGAUGAAGAUAUAAAUGUUUUGUAAA